UCCUAGCUAUGCCAAGAAAAUAAAAUUCUUUGAGCUUAAAAGUUUUCUUAUCCCUUUAUAGCAAAUAAAAGCUUGCAACCGAAUUAAGAAUAAAUAGUAUCUUAAUCCCAUAGGGGUAUCGAGUCUGAUUCCCUUCUCUCAAUACGCAAUACUCUCUUACGGUACGAAAUUUGAAUGACAGUGAAGAGUGGUACUGUAGUAGCGGUAGGACUCAGUCUCUCUAACGUUGUAAUUUUUUAUCGCCACAGAAUGACGACUACAGCUGGAAUAUUGCUUUGCUUGUGAAGCUUUCAGUUGAAUUGACGUGUUGGUUGUCUUUUAAAGUCAUAAGAAGUUGGCACAAUGAGUUGGGCCGCUGAUGAAUGGAAGAAUGAACUGCCUCAGAAGGCUCUUCUGAAAAUCACCCAGAUUGAAACCCAGUUGGAGAGGUUGAAAAAAGAGAAGGAUCAGAAACAAUAUCAAAUAGACAGCUUGGAACAGGCUCUUCAAGUACAGAAAAGAAAAACAAAUGAUGAGAAGUCUGAAAUUGCCGAUCUCAAAAGGGAAAACCAGUCCCUGGCGGAAACUUGCCAAGAUCUGGAGAAAAAACGACAGAAACUCGCCAAUGAUCUCUUGAUCAAAGAGAACCAAGUGACUUGUUUGGAGCAGAAAGUGAACAAACAGGGAACAGAUUUUCAGGUGAGUUCUAAGCCAGGGUCAUCGUCUGACCCACAAGCACAACAUGUGAAGUCUCUGGAAAGUGAGAUUCUCUCUUUGCGACAGCAAUUGGAGCAAAAGAAAGACGGACCUCCGUUCCCUCAGAGGAAAGGGUCAGAGAGUGAAUUGGACCCGUCUUUUUGUUCCUCAGGAGACUCCACAAGGCUUGCUCCAGAUGGAGAUAACGAACUACGCAAAACCCAGCAAGAGUUGCGGGCCCUACAGUCACUGGUAUCGGAGCUGGAAACAAAAAACAAGAAGCUAAUCCAGGAUGGUGAUUGUAUGAGGCACAACGCCGAAGCUUCACGGCUACACCUGGAGGCCAGGAUGAAAGAAAAAGAGAAAGAGAUGAAGCAAGACAUCUCUCAAGCUUUGGAAACGGCGAAGAAUGCUGACAGGGUUCUGCAGGAGAACAAAGCUAAAAUGCAACAAGAGAUAAAUGCUGAGGAGGACAUGCUUAAGUCCAAAAGCCGACACUCACAGGAGGAGGACAUGCUUAAGUCCAAACUGGACAUGGUGCAGAUGGACCUGGAGGACAAAGAUGCUACGAUCAAAGACUUGACCACUCAGCUGGACAACGCAAAGACUUUGACUGACACACAGACACAGGAACUUGACCUUUUGCGAGAACAGUCGAUGACCGCCAGUAACGAGAUUUGUGAGCUCAAGUCUUAUCUAGAGCAUGAGCGGGAGACAGGGAAGGAAAGCGUAGUGCAAGGAGAGGAACUGAAGGGCAAGGUCGCUCAUUUGGAAAUGUCGCUGGAGGCGGCGCAGACGGAGAAAGAGGAGAAGGAGAGGGAGGUGGAGAGUCUGCGUGAGAGGUUUGAGGAGUUACAGAAGGUACAAGAGGAAACAGAGAACAAGCUGGCUCGAUUGUCCGAUGAUCACGAGCGCGCUACGGGGAAACUGAAAGCGUUGGAAAGUGACGUAGAUUGUGAGCGGGAGGCGAGUGGCCGUCACCUGAGCAGCCUGCAGGAAAUGAAGGAAGAAGUGGCACAGCUCACCCAGCAACUGGAGGACUCGAGGCUGGCUCUGUCGGAGAAGGCUGGGGAGUGCGAGUCUCUGGAGGCGAAGCUGAGACAUGUGGAGGAGAGGGUGAGGCAAGCCGCAGAGGAGAAGGAGGAGUUGGAGAAAGGGUUGAGGGAAGAGCUGGAUCAGCUGAAGGCGUCGCUGGAGGAGAAAGAUCGAGAGAUGGUGGAGAAGGUGAGCUAUCUAGAGGAGAACACAGUGCAGGAUGCCAAGUCCAAGAUCUCGGAGCAGAAGGAAGAUCUUUUGUCGAAGAACAGUCUUAUCUCGCAGCUGGAGGCUGAUCUCAAAGUCUCUCACACAGAGCUGGAGGAGUGUCGUCUGGAAGUCUCCAACCUGUCUGGUGCCAUCUCAAAGCUUCAACAGGAGAAGGAUGAACUAACACACUCUCUGUCGCUCCUAAAGGACGAGAAGUCCGACCUGGAGAAAGCCUCCCAGAGAAGUCAAGAAGAGUUUCAGACCAAGAUGUCCACAGUGAAAGAAGAGCUGGAGGAAAAAGCGGCUGAUUUGAUGUCUCUGAAGACUCAGUUUGAGAAUCUGAGUAGUUCUGUGUUCAAGACAAACUUGAAGAACUCUGAGCUGCUGGCAGAAAAGAAAGCUGUAUCGGAGCAGUGCGACGAGAUGAAGAAAAUCCUGGAAGAAUCGAGGAGUGAAAUGCAAGAGAGAAAUGACACGAUCAACGAGUUGAGAGAGGAGUUGGAUCACGCUGCGUACCUGAAUGACAGCUUGAAGAUGUCGCAGCAGGACUGGUACCAGAAGGAGGAAGAGCUGAAGACGGAGAUUUGCACCCUCAAGAUGAAGCUGAGCGACCUCGAGACGGAGGUAGAGAGCACCCGGGAGUCGUUUGAAUCGGUGUCCAACCAGAGAUUCGAGGCCCAGAAGAAGAUGAGGGUGGCCCUACAGGAGAAAGAGGCAGCGGAAGAUGCGAUGAAGGGACUGGAGCUAGACCUUUACCAGGCUCGUUCUAGCGGUCAGGAUUCUCAGACUUUGGAAGAGGAGCUGCAGGUGCUGAGGCAAAAGGUGACCCAGAGGGAUGAGCAGAUCGCCGAUCUGAAGACAGAAGUGGACGAGAGUCAGCGAGUGCACGCGUUGACGCUGUCAGAGUUGGAGUCUGUGAAGAAGAGGAAAGAGGAGAUGGAGGAACGUCUGGAGGAGAGCAACAAGAGGAAAGAGGAGCUGGAGCAGGAUCUCAGUGAGUUUUCCUCCGGCACUCGGGAACAGCUGGAGAAUGUGGAGAAGGACAUUCAUACCCUGAACGACGCUCUCAAGGCCAAAAAGAAAGAAAUCGUGCAGAGGGUCAACGAACUCCAGGAGAAGGAGGAUGUCGUCACUCAGCUGAGGUCCGAGGUGGAGGGAAAAGUACAGAGAGAGGAGGAAUUGAGGAGUGAGUUGGACGAGUUGAAGAAAGAUGUGAAAGACAAGAUGUCCACCAUCGGAACCCUGGAAGACGUUAUUGAAUCUUUGAACUUUGAACUGGAGGCAGCGGAAAAAGAGAAGGAGUCAAAGUGUGACUCUCUGCAGUCAGAGGUUGACCAAAUGAAGGUGAAGGUCGCUUCCUUGACUGAGGACCUCAAGGUGGCCAAACAGGAGGGUGGCCGUGACGGCGACUACGAUCGACCAGAGCAAGUGGACAAGCUUGAGGCUGAAGUUGCCGAGCUGAAGAGUUCGCUGGAGGUUGUCCACACAGAGAAGCAAGAGUUGGAGGAACAGGCGAAGGAAGUAUCCGCGCAAGUGAAGGAUCUCGAUAAGCAGGUGAUUGUUCUGACACAGCAGUUGAAGACCAGCUCUUUGGAGGGUUCGAACCAACGGCUUGAGAGCGUGGAGGCAGAGCUGAGUGAUGCCACAAAACUGGCAACGAGGAAGGAAGCUGAAGUCAAGAGGUUGCUGGAGGUAGAGAAAUCCCUGUCCAGUAAGGUCUCCGAGCACGGCCACGUCGUGGACUCGCUCAAGGCCGACCUUGAAACAGAGCGGGUCACAGCCGCUCAAGCGAGAGAGAGCGUGGAGAAACUGACGGCUAGACUGGAUGAGAUGAACUGUCUGAGUGUGGAACUUGAUGCUAAAGGCCGGGAUCUCGAAGAGGCUUUGUCUGAGAAGAAACGUUUGGAGGAUCAGGUGUCCCAGCUGGAAGUGCAAGUUUCCCGACUGGAGGAGACUUUGCAGCAGCACGAGGAGAGAGACUCGCUGUCGGCGGAGAUGAACAAAAGUCAGCUGAUGAGCACGGAGAAGGAACUGGACAAGCUGAGGGAGGAAAAGACAGGACUCAGCUCCGAACUCUUUACUCUUUCGGCGCAACUCGAAUCGGCUCACUCGGAGCAGUCUGAGCUGACAAAAAAGUUAGAAAAGGUGUCGGAGCAGUUAGAACACUCGCAAAACGCCAAGCGCGAUCUCACGGACAAGGUGGAUGCGAUCACGCGAGAGUUGGGACAGACCCAACGGGAGAAAUCAGAGCUCGUCGAAAAGCUGGAAACAAACUCAACCCAGUUUUCCGACUUGCAGAAGGAAAUGUGUGUCCUUAAGGGCUCCUCUGUGAAAAAUACUCUUUAUGAUGAGAAAGUCGAGGAGCUGCAGACGGCGUUAGCGGAGAAAACAGACAUCCAGACGAAGGUCGAGGAGCUAGAACUGAUGCUGUCAGAGAAGUCUUCGAUGGAAGAAAGCUACAAGGGGCUGAGGGAGAAAUUUGAGGAACUGUCCAAGCUGUCGGAACAACACCUGUACCUUAGUGGAGAAAACAAGAGGCUUCAACAGCUUGUGGACGACAUGAAAUACGGGCACGCCCAGGAGAUGAAGGAAGCCUUCCAAACAGCAGACAUCUUACAGAAAAAGCUGGACGUUGUGCAAGAAGAGCUGACACGUGGUAAAACUGCGCAGCCGGACGCCGGGAAAAGUGGAACCGACACCGAGGUAUGUUGUCUGAUCUCAGGGUGGGAAACACACCUGACUUGGACUCCCAAUAAAAUCGGAGAUCUGCGAUUUUAUUUUUUUUGCCAAUCGAAGAUCCUGUCAAAGCUGCAAGAUUCUGCCACAGAUCUGACGGUCCAGAUGCAGAAACUACAACAAGAUUUGAAAGCCUCCACGACGUCUUUGGCCGCGGCUCAACAGCAGCUGGUCGACAAAGAUCGCAGUCUUGGAGAUGCACAGCAAAAAUGGAAGGACAUGGAAAAGAAACUUCAGACAGAGCUCAGCGAGAAGGAAAAAGAAGUGUCUGAUCUUUGUGAGAAAACUGAGUCAAAGUCUGCAGAAAUCUGUGCCAAAGACCAGCAGAUUGUGGAACUGAAGACACAACAAGAGAACCUGAGAGAGAAACUGUCGGCCAGAGACGCUGAGAGUGUACAAAGUCUGGGCCAGGUGCAAGAUUUGGAGAAGAAGCUUGAGCUGACGGCCGGGGAGUUAGAGGGCUUACGCUCUGCUCAUGGGGAGUGCAAAGCCCAGUUGGAAAAUAAGAUAGAGCAAGUGGAGUUGAACUUGAAGCAGAAAGCCUCAGAGCUGGAGGGAAUUUCUGCUGAGAAUGUGGAGGUUAAGAAUCAGGUGACUGAGCUUGCCAAGGCUUUGGAGGCUGAGAAACAGCUUACGAGUCAGGGUGCAGCUGAGGCGGAGAGGCUGAAAGAUCAUGUGAGCAAUCUGGAAGGAUUGUUACGUUCCACUCAAGCGGACGUUGAGGGUAAAGCCAAGGAUGUGGAGAACAAAGUGUUUGAGUUGGAGAGGUUACAGAAGUCUGUUGAGGAAAAAGAGACAGAAAUCCAACAAAAAACUACAGUGAUAGAAAGUUGUUCGUCUAGGAUCGGCGAACUGGAAAAGUUACUGGACGCAGAGCGAGGUGCGUCCUCUACGCAGGCUUGUGAGGUGGAGACUCUGAAAGAGCGGUGUGCAUCCUUGUCUGAGCAGUGUGAGAAGGUGCAGGGAGAGCUGUGUCUCAGACAAGAGGAGCUGGCCUCUCAACGCCAGAACUACGCUGUGCUGGAAGACAGAAGGAAGCAGGCGGAGAACGAGAAGGAAAAACAAGUCGAGUUGUCAGCCACUGAGCUACAGAAGGUUCUGGAAGAUUUGACCAAAACGCAAGAGGAUCUGAAGGCAAAGUCGUCUCUUGUCGAAGAGUUGAGCGGGCAAGUGGAAAGUCUGAAGACAAAAUGUGCCGAGGGAGCCGAGCAGAAGUCUCAAGACGAGGCGCGGCAUGAGGAGGAGUUAGCCACUGUCCAGGCCAAACUGCAGGUUGUGGAGGCAGAGAUUACGCAGAAGGAUGCCAGCGUUCAGGACGUGACCAAUCAGCUCAGUAACAUGAAAGCCUUGUUUGAGAACAUGAGCAAAGAGAAGGAGAGUCUGGUUACUUCCGCACAGGAGUUUGAAACUCAGCUUGUGCACUUGAAGAAGGAGGUGGAGUCGGAAAAAGAAAAAAUGCAGGAAAGAGAAAGGGAUUUGGAAGAAAUGAGAGACACGGUCAAGAACUUAGAGGCUACUGUUUCAAAGUCUCAGGAAGAUUUAGAUGCAAUGACGCAAGAACUCAAGUCAAGCACAGAGAAAUGUGGACAGCUCCAGGCCUCUAGUUCUGACAACGAGCUCAAAAUAAAGGAACUUGUUGGUGAGAAAGAAAACCUGUUGUCUCAGAUUCACGGUUUGGAGAAUAUCUUGUCUUCAGAGAGGUCGGCUUCUUCCGCUGCUGCUGAAGAAAUUGAAAAUCUCAACAGAGCAAACGCAGAGGUCUCAGAAAAGCUGGAGGCUGCCUUAGAGCAACUGGCAGCUACACAGACAGAGAUUUCUACGCAGACUUCGAAUUAUAAAACAUUGGAAGAGAAGUUGCAGCAGGUGGAAAGGGAAAAGUUGUCGGUGGAAGGCGGUUUGAAGAGUGAACUGUGUCAGCUACAGGAGGAGCUGGAGAGCAGAAAUGCUGAGCUCAGCGAGAAACUGAAGCAGGUGCAGGCGUUGGAGGAUGAGAGGGGUGAGCUGAGGGGGAAAGUUUCUAGCUUGUCACAAGAGACUGCCGAACACGAAGCCCUACACUCACAGGAGGCGGACAUGCUUAAGUCCAAACUGGACAUGGUACAGAUGGACCUGGAGGACAAGGAAGAGGAAAUCCAUCAACUGACCACACGGGCAGCUAAUCUGACCACCUCACUGGACACAGUGACCCAGGAGAGGGAAGAGAUGAAGACCUCCAUGCAAAAUCUGGAGACUGAGGUCAGGGAACUGAAAAGUGCUCUCGAGGCCAGGGAGGAUGUGUUGAAGGAGAGAAAGAGUGAGGAGGAGGUACUGAAAGAAAGAAUUGUCAACCUGGAGAACUCGAUGAGCCAGGCUAAGGCAGAGCUGGAGAAUAAAACAGCAGAUUUGCAGGUUUUAGAGAACACACUUGAGCAGACAGAGAAAAAUCUGAAAGAAAAAACGGACACUUUGAUGGAUUCAGAAAGAGAGAGGCAAUCACUGCAAGAGAGAGUGGAAGUGUUGGAGAAGAGCGUCUCCGUGGAGAAAGAGUCUGUCGUCUCAACACAGACGGAACUGGACGAAGCGAGAGCUGAGCUUGCCAGAAUGUCUUCCCAGUCCGAACGGGACGGAGCAGAACUGAAAGCGAAGGAAGAACAGCUCAAGGCUCACGCUGACAAUCUCCGAACUGUGGAGCAGACGCUGAGAGACGUGCAGGAGGAGAUGGAGUCACAGCAACAGUCUCUGCAGGGAGAGUUGGAGAAGUUGGGGCGAGAUCUCGAGGAAAGAGAGGAGGAGCUGCGGCAGGGUCAGGCCCUGGUCUCUCACCUGGAGGGUCAGCUGACAGACGUGAGGGAGAAACUGUCCCUCGCUGGACGCCAGACGUCCGAGACGGAAACCAAACAUGACCAGGAGACGGCUCAACUCAAGUGUAAGCUGGAUAUGCUUCAGGCCGACCUGGAGGACCGCGAAGCCGAAAUCCUGGAACGUGACGGUACGGUCACCAACUUACAGAGCUCACUGGAUGCCAUGAAGACUGACAGAGAUGAGGCGAGAUCUUUGCUGGCCGCACAGACGGAGGAAAACGCAACCUUACUGACAGCUGUAGAUACGGAGAAGAAGAAAAUGGCAGACAGCCAGGCUGAGAUAGGGACUGUUUCUGAGAAACUUCAUCAGCUAGAAGUGUUGGUUCAGACAAGGGAUGUGGAGUUGGGAGAUGUCAAGACAGAAAACGAAACUCUUGUGGGGAGAUGCGAAGCUCUGAGUGCUGAGGUGGCCAAAGCAGAGGAAGGUUUUCACAAAGAAGUUGACGAGAAGCAAAAGUGUACUGCACGGAUACAUGAUUUGGAGGUACAGCUGGCUGCAUGUAAGGAGUCUUUGCAAGUCAAAGUUGAUCAAGUUGAUUCGCUAGAGAAGCAGUGUGCCGAAAUCUCUGAGAAGUUAGAAACUUCCCAGUCAUCAUUAGCCGCCACGCAGGAACACACGGCAUCUCAGAGUGAAAACUUUCGACAGCUGGAAGAGAGGUGUAAGCUCAUCGAGGAGGCAAAGGCAGCAGGGGAAGAAAAGUCUAGCUCAGAACUGGAUGAACUACAGAAGAAGUUAGAGGAGAAGGAGAAGGAAGUAGAGAAGAAUGAGUGUGAGAUAAGCAGGUUGAAGGGGAGUGUGGAAGAUCUGAGUGGCAAGUACCAGAGUGUGGUGAGUGAGAGCCAGGAAGGUCAAAGCCGACACUCACAGGAGGAGGACAUGCUUAAGUCCAAACUGGACAUGGUGCAGAUG